AUAAUCACCGCAAGGGAAGAGAGCUCUUUAGUCUUUCCACCCCCCUGGCAAAGGUUACUCGUGAAAUGUUUAUGUUUAGAAAUGUACAAUUAUCAAUGGUGGACACUAAAUUCAUAAAAGAAAACACUUACCGAAAUGGAUUACGAAUACAAGCGUCAGAUGAGCGAAGAACGCGACAAGGUUGAAGACAUGUUUGAUUACGAAGGCUGUAAAAUUGGUCGCGGGACAUACGGUCAUGUUUACAAGGCCAAAAUUAAAACAAAACAAGGCGAAAAAGCGAGCUCGGAAAAAGAAUACGCCUUGAAGUUGAUCGAAGGAACAGGGAUUUCGAUGUCAGCGUGCCGUGAAAUUGCUUUAUUACGUGAACUCCACCAUCCAAAUGUCAUAUCCUUGCAAAGAGUCUUUUUAUCGCACAGUGAUCGUAAAGUUUGGCUUCUUUUUGACUAUGCUGAACAUGACUUAUGGCAUAUCAUUAAGUAUCAUCGCAGUUACAAGGCACAAAAGAAACCGUGUCCUGUUGCCAAAGCAACGAUCAAAUCUUUACUGUAUCAAAUACUUGACGGAAUACAUUAUCUUCAUUCAAAUUGGAUCCUUCACCGAGAUUUGAAGCCAGCUAAUAUACUUGUUAUGGGUGAAGGCCCUGAAAGAGGGACAGUAAAGAUUGCUGAUAUGGGUUUUGCUCGUUUGUUCAACAAUCCUCUAAAACCUUUGGCUGAUCUUGAUCCAGUCGUCGUCACCUUUUGGUAUCGAUCACCCGAAUUGUUGCUCGGAGCACGACAUUAUACCAAGGCAAUAGAUAUAUGGGCAAUAGGUUGUAUUUUUGCUGAGCUUUUGACAUCGGAGCCAAUUUUUCAUUGUCGACAAGAGGACAUAAAGACAAGCAACCCCUACCAUAAAGAACAGUUGGAUAGAAUAUUUCAAGUGAUGGGUUUUCCACAAGAGAGAGAUUGGGAAGAUAUAAAGCGAAUGCCAGAACAUCCAACGUUAAUGAAAGAUUUCAAGAAAAACAGUUACAGUACAUCUCAGCUUUCAUCUUACAUGGAGAAAUACAAAGUACAUCAAGAAAGUAAAGCAUUUCAGUUGCUCAGUCGUCUACUUGUGAUGGAUCCGAAUAAACGAAUGACGGCCGAGCAAGCUUUACAAGAUGGUUACUUUAGGGAAGAACCAUUACCACUUUCAGAUGCAUUUGGACCAGAUCCAAUACCGUAUCCCGUGCGAGAAUUUAUAAACGAAGAAGAUGAAACAAAAUCAAACAAGGCUGGUAGUAAACAAGGCAAUCAAGAUCAUCCAGCCAACAAGAGAAUGCGUACAUCUGGGGGUAAUCAUGGACAAAAGGGACACGCGUCGUUUACUUAUCAGACAUCAAAUAAUCACAAUCCUCACCAGCAAUCCCACAAUAAUCAACAAAACAAUAGAACUAGCAACAAUCAACGUCCACUAGGACUAUACAGUUCUCCCGCUAACCAGUUCUUACCACAGCGUCGAUUUUAAUGAACGGACAUGAAACUCUCUUGAAAGAGAAUUACCAAUCGUUUACUAGUCGAAGUCAGGGGGGGUAGAAUAUUUGAGACUGCGAUGACCGUCUGCGUCAUAAUUUAUUUAAAAAAUUAUGUAAAAAUACCUCAUAUAAAUUUUUAAAGUCUCAAAUAAACAUUUUUAACAGACUCGCCAGUUGGCCUUAAAAAAAUGAUUUUGGCCUCUUCGAAAUCCUUUUGCGUGAGAAAACAAAUAGUUAGAUGGUCCAAAGUGAUUUUUAUCCUUUUUUUUUGUCCUUUCAAAUGUUGUUACCCCAUUUUUAAAUGUUAUAAAUUUACUCAAUA